AUGAUGGUGUAUGCGAACUCGAUCGAGUCGGUCUACAGAGACUUGGUCGAGCUAGACUUUACAACGGGUAGAAAGAGGGUUCAGAGGUCACAGAGGGUACAAGAGGAACCUGAGGUGCUUGUUGCUGAUACAAUGGACGUACCAGAGGGGAAUGGAAACCCUUUGGGCAAUGGACUCGGUCGAGCUAGGCAAACUCGACCGAUUGGUCUAGGAGAUGCUCCAAACCGCCACCAACAGAGACAAGGGAUUGUUCCACCACCAGUGCAGAACCACAACUUUGAGAUCAAGCUGGGAAUGAUCAACCUUAUCAAUGGUGUCUCUGAAGAUGCCAUCAAGCUGAGACUCUUUCCUAUGUCUCUAGCUGACAAAGCUCACCAAUGGGAGAAGAGCUUGCCCCAUGGCACAAUCACCACUUGGGAUGAAUGCAAGAAGGCCUUUCUUGCUAAGUUUUUCUCCACCGGUCGCACAGCCAAGCUUAGAGGGAGAUAUCGAGCUUCAUCCAGCGAAACAACGAGACAUUCGCAGAGAGGCUGUUUGCCUAGGUAUAGGGAGAUGCUAGACACAGCUAGCAAUGGGAACUUCCUCAACCACGAUGUAGAUGAUGGCUGGCAACUUGUGGAGAACAUAGCCAACUCAAAUGGAAGCUAUGGAGAAGAGUAUGAUCGCACCAAUCGGAGCUCGACCCACCACUCGAUCGAGUCAGACGAAAAGUUGAGAAAAGAUGUUAAGGCACUGAAUGAGAAGUUGGAUAAGCUGAUCUUAGCUCAAUCCACUAUGAAGAAGGUCAACUUUGUGUCUGCUGAAGAGAUGGAACCAGUCCAAGAAGGGGAGGAUACACAAUUUGCUGAGGUGUGUUACAUGAGCAAUGGACAAGGAGGCUACAACAAAGGAUACUAUAAUUACAAGUCCAACCCCGCCAUGUCAUACCGCAACAUUGAUGUUGCUAACCCUCAGGACCAAGUAUAUCCUCAACAACAAGCAGCUCGAUUGAGUCAAGGACCACAACAUGGGUAUGGUCAAGAAGAACAAUUACCAAGGACCACAAGGAACUUUCCCUGGACAACAAAUGAAUAUACCACCAGGCUUUCCCCACCAACCUCCCCAGCCUGCACCUUCGCAAGAGAAUGA